UCGGCAAUCUGCCGCGCGUAGCGCUUGAAUCAAACUCGGAUAUACUUGUUUUAUCUUUGAAUUAACAAGUAGUGGUGAUAAAUAAGUAUUAAAAAACUAGUGAUUAAACAUUCUAUUCGUACCUGCAGAAAGGAAAAACACGCAAAAUGUCUGUCAUUGGAAAGCCCGUUUUAUAUUCGUACUGGAGGAGCUCUUGUUCCUGGAGAGUUCGAAUAGCAUUAAAUCUGAAAGAAAUACCAUAUGAUAUUAAACCAGUAAGUCUGAUAAAAGCUGGAGGUGAACAACAUUGCAAUGAAUAUCGUGAAAUAAACCCAAUGGAGCAAGUUCCAGCCCUCCAUAUUGAUGGACACACUUUGGUUGAAUCUCUGAGCAUCAUGCACUAUUUAGAGGAGACCAGACCGCAGCGACCUCUUAUGCCCCAAGAUGUCCAUAAAAGAGCGAAGGUCCGAGAAAUAUGUGAGGUAAUCGCAUCAGGUAUCCAGCCACUACAGAAUCUUAUAGUUUUGAUUUAUGUAGGAGAAGAAAAGAAAAAAGAAUGGGCACAGCACUGGAUCAAUAGAGGAUUCCGAGCUGUAGAGAAGUUGCUUUCAGCAAGUGCAGGGAAAUAUUGUGUUGGAGAUGAAAUUUCCCUAGCAGAUUGCUGCCUUAUACCUCAGGUGUUUAAUGCUCGCAGGUUUCAUGUAGAUCUUCGCCCCUUCCCAAUAAUUCUUCGUAUUGAUCGUGAGCUUGAGAAUCACCCAGCUUUCAGGGCAGCACAUCCAUCCAACCAACCAGACUGUCCACCAGAAGCUACAAAAUAAGUAAUCAUUUAUGUAAUUGAGAAGUGUACUAACUUCCACAAAUAGUUAAGACACAGUCAUACCUGUAUAACCUACAGACAUUAUUUCAGUUUUAAGCUAAUCUGAUAUGAGAGAUUAAUGGAUUAGACUCAUCAUAUUAUUUUAUUUUGAUGUGAGCCUAUGCUUUUUAGAACAGUACUAUUGUAAAAGCCUCUUUGUAUCAUUUGAGGCUAUCUUCCAAGAAAAUAUGUUAA